AUGCUGGACCGUACCAAGUCCACGCACAAUGAGGGGGGGAGGCCAGACGUGAAGCGGGUAUCAACUCCUAAAAAAAGUGACCAGAGCUCUGGGGCUUCACACUCCAGCAGCAGAGUGGAGCUGUCAGCACGCAGACGCCUCAUCUCUGGGGAGCUGCCGUUCUCCCGCCACACUUCAGAAUCUCCAGAAUCUUCAGACACUUCAGACUCUUCAGACUCCUCAGACUCGGAGCCUUUUCUUCGGCUGCGGCUCCACUGA